AUUACAAUUUGAGCAUUAAUUUUGUGGUCAAGUUUCAAGCGCUCUUUGUUUUUUGUGUUGUUGCCUCUAUAGGCAAUUUGGAUUUGUCAGUCGAAUAUAAACGUAAAAUUCGAACAUUUGUGACAAAAUUAUCCGAAAUCGGCAUUUGUUAAAUAUUUUGAUAUAGUCGACCAGGGACCACAAGAACAUUUGCUCAAUAAGAAAGCCCGAAGAUGUCAGAUCGCAAGGCAGUCAUCAAAAAUGCGGAUAUGAGCGAGGAGAUGCAGCAGGAUGCUGUGGAUUGCGCUACCCAGGCCCUGGAGAAGUACAACAUUGAGAAGGACAUUGCGGCCUACAUCAAGAAGGAGUUCGAUAAGAAAUACAAUCCCACCUGGCAUUGCAUUGUCGGACGCAACUUUGGCUCGUAUGUGACACACGAGACGCGUCACUUCAUCUACUUCUAUUUGGGGCAGGUGGCUAUACUGCUCUUCAAGAGCGGCUAACCAUUUCCCAAGCCACUCAGCAAAAUCCACAAAUAAACCCGAACAUACACACACACACACACACAUCCCACCAAUGUAGUAGCAAUAAGCAGGUCGACUUAGUCGUUGUUGAACACACACUCUGAACUCUGAUUUGAAAUGGCACACUGUUGACAUCACUUCCAUCUUGCAACACACACAAUCAUUUAGUGAACGCAAUGGCAAACCGAAACACAACCAACCAACCGCUGAACACAAACAAUUUCCUUCAAAAUACAUGUGUUUCUGACUAUUUACCAAACCACACAAAUUUCAACAUGCAUUAAAUCAAUUAUAUCAAA